GUCUUGAUGGGAGAGGUCGAGGAUCAGAUCCGCAACGUCCAGAAAAAGAGCACUACCUCCUUUGCCGAAUGGAUACCUAACAACGUUCAGAUCGCUCUGCACUCCGUUCCUCCUCGUGAAUUGAACAUGUCGUCGACAUUUGUCGGCAACUCCAUCUCCAUCCAGGAGCUCUUCAAGCGGCGGGCUUGCAGGAGGCACUUCUGA